AUGGCCGCCUCAUCCGAGAAGAAACCCCGCGAACGCAAGUCCACCGCGGGCUCGAGCUCCAGCAACAGCAGCGCCGCGCGCCUGAAGACCGUCGUGCGGCGCCUCCCCGCGAACCUGCCCGAGGACGUGUUCUGGCAGAGCGUCGCCGCGUGGGUGACGCCCGAGACCGCAAGCUGGAAGGUGUUCUACCCGGGGAAGCUGACGAAGAAGCUGAACAAGGAGAACAUCCCCGCGCGGGCGUACAUCGCGUUCCGGAGCGAGGAGCAGCUGGCGGUGUUCAGCCGGGAGUACGACGGGCAUGUGUUUAGGGACAAAGCAGGGAACGAGUCACAGGCGGUCGUAGAGUUCGCGCCGUACCAGAAGAUACCCGCGGAGAAGAAGAAGGCGGACGCGCGCCAGGGGACGAUAGAGCAAGACGAGGACUACAUCUCGUUUAUCGAGUCGCUGAAAGCAGGCCCGAGCAAAACCGGAGAUACCGAGACACUACUCGAAACACUCAUCGCAUCAACCCAACCCCCACCCCCGCCAACCACCACGCCCCUCCUCGAGGCGCUCAAAGCCGAGAAAGAAAAGGCCACACACAAAGCCCAGGAACCCGUUGUCGUGCCGAAGCUCAUCCAGCGCGAGAAGAAGGAUACGCACGCGCACAAGGACGAGGCGGGGGGCAAGAAGAAAGAGAAGGAGAAGGAGAAAGCCACGGGCCCGCAGUCUCCCCCGCGCAAGGGGAAGAAAGGUGGACAGGGCGGAGGCGGAGCACAGGCACCUCAGCAGCAACAGGGGAAGGGGGCGAAGGGCCGGCCUGCGCCUGCGCCGGCCCCGGCAACCCAGCAUCAGAGUCAGAAUCCCAGCCAAAGCCAGACCCAGAAACCCCCCAGCGCACCGAAAGCCAUGCGCGGCUCCGCCCCCCGCCCACAUACACCCACCACCGCCACGCCCGCGCGCAUCGACGACCCCGAGCCUCCAACACCCACAACCGGGCCCGCAUCCACGAACGCCAACACCGCAGGCCCGGCGCGCAGGCGUCCCGUGAUCGGGCUCGCGUCGCGCCAGUUCGAGGCGGCGCUGAGCGGUGCGGGUGUGCGGGCGCGGCAGCGGGAGAAGGGGGAGAGUACGCCGGCGACGCCCACGGCGCCUGAUAAAUUCAGUGUAUUCGUAUGGACCUGGUCCGCGAAAAUCACCGUGUAA